UUUUGCUAGGGGCAUAUGUCCAUAUCAAGUGAGGAAGAAAGGAAAGCAUAAUAUCUGACAGAGGACAGUUUUAGAAACGAGAGAUCUGCACCAUUUCUCAAGUUCUCCUUCGGAAAGCAUGUAUUUUCUUGGGGCGCACGGCGUGUCCUAGGAGAAUCUGAAAGGGUUUCCGAAUGGCCUGCAGGUUCCAGUUGCUGUGGGUGCUGUGUCUGCUGGUGCACGCAGGCGCCAGGAGCUGCACGUCGGGAGACUUUCGCUGUCCGGGAGCCUCAUGUGUGCCUGCUGACAACAGGUGUGACUUCACAGACCAGUGUGGGGAUGGCAGCGAUGAGAAAGACUGUUCUGGCUUUGAGAGAUGUGACUUUGAAAGGGACCUCUGUGGUAUGUCCCUGUGUGGAGAUAAUCCCGCAACCUGGACCAGGGUUACGGGUCUCACUAACACUGGGCCCACCCAGGACCACACAGGCAGCUGCACAGGUCAUUACCUGUCUCUGUCAGUUCAAAAUGAGAGGAGGUCUUUAGCUGCUUUAAGAAGCGCAGUGUUCCUUCCGACAAACUCCUGCCAGAUGACCUUCUACCACCACUUUGGGAAGAUCACUGGAACACUACGAGUCUUGACUCAAACUCACCUCAAUGGAAAUUACACGCAUGUCUGGACUCGGACUCUACCUGAACAAGAUCCAUGGCAGCGCUCUGUGCUUGUCUUUAACAGCACCCACAAUUUCCAGGUGAUUAUUCAAGGGGAGAUCUUUAACACCAGUGAUCCUUCAGAGGGGCUGGCCAUUGAUGAUGUUUCAUUCGGGGAUGGUUGUGAUGCAAGCUCUGAUUCUACUUUGCCCUGCACUGAAGGAUUCAAGAUGUGCAACGGCAAAUGUAUUCUGACAAAUAAGUUCUGCAACUUUAUUCAUGACUGCCUGCCCGACUUGGUGGAUGAGAGCGGUUGUCCCAUGACGUGUGACUUUGAGUCAGGGCUGUGUGGAUGGAGUACAGUGGGGACAGACUCUGGCUGGAAGUGGGUGAAGGCUGAAGACGCUGUCCUCAAUGGCAGUGCGCCCUCACAGGACCACAGUAACAGGUCCUCACAAGGCCAUUAUCUCUGGGUGGGGGGUGAGGGUGCCGGCAGCGCGGUCCUCUGCAGCUCUGUGCACCGCUCCACAGCGUCUUCCUGCACCCUGCGCUUUCACUACAGUCUCCAGGGCAACGGCACUCUGAGGGCGUGGCUGCGCGCCGGGCUGGAAAAGCAGAUGGUCUUCCACACUGAAAAGGAAACAGAAAACGAAUGGAUGGAGGGUGAAAUCCCGCUCUUGAUCGGUCUGGAGGAAUUUCAAAUCGCGUUUGAAGGCCGCGUCGUGGGCGGCGGUGGGUUCCUCGCCCUCGACAGCUUCCUGUUCUCUGACUGCGGGGAGGCGCUGGUGCCCGGCGUUUGCCCCGAGGGCACGUGGGCCUGUGGGAACGAAAGCUGCGUGCCCAGAUCGGCCCUCUGUGACUUUCAGCCAGACUGCCGCCGGGGGACCGAUGAGGACCCGCUGCUCUGCUCCAGCUAUACUACGUGUGAUUUUGAGUCUGACUGGUGUGGCUGGGAGCAGCUGAACUCUGGCAAUGCAAACUGGAGCAGAGUCAAUUACCCAGAGUCCCCUGGGGCAGACCACACAAUAGGCACUGGGAAUGGGUCCUUUGCUUUCAUCAGCACCAGCAUACAGCCUGAGCAGACCAUCGUAGCCCAGCUCGCCAGUCCAGCCCUGCGGAAGGCACAGGAACAGUCUCUUCCCUGUCAACUGAGGUUCUGGUACCGGCUGUCUGGGCAAGCUGAACUGGUCCUAUUCACACGGACAGCGCUGGGAGGAGAUUUGAGGAAAUGUACCGUCAUCAAUGAACCCACUAUCAAUGCAGGGUGGGAGAGGGCAGAGGUGAACAUAGAUCCAGUAGCCCUCGAGAGCGGAAUUCCUUUCCAGGUUCUUUUCCAGGCCUCUUUGCAUGCAGCUCAUGCCAUGGUGGCUUUAGAUGACAUCAGCCUGAUGCCAGAGUGCCAUCCGGCUAACACCACACCUCCGGAGACCAGCACGGACAUCACAGAUUACGGCCCUGUCAUGCUCCUGAGCGGCGGCUCCCUCUCUGACUCUCUCGGCCUGACGGUGGACGGUAACUGGCUGGCCAAAGUGUCUCACGUCACUGACGACCCCUCAGCUGUGUUCAGGCUGGUCUCCCCAGGGCUCUACCAAGGCCUGGUCGGCUCAGUCUCUCUCCUGUGGGCAGUGACCAGCUCCUUUUAUCUGGCGCACCCCCCCUCCGGCCCCCGCGGCCUGUUUGUGGAGGAGAUUCCAGGGCACGGGGCAGACUCAGUGAGGGCUUCCUUUUGGCCGCACAGAGACAAAUGGCUGCCUGGCUUCACGGCUCUGGAGGCCGUCGGUGUGCCAGGUCACUACAUUCACAGGCUGGACGGGAACGUCUCUGUUGCCAAGGACGACGGGAGUCAAGAUUUUAGGGAGAGAGCCAGCUGGAGAAUCAUACAAGCAAAUAUGAGCAUGACCUCACCUGCUCCGCAGUGCCCACCCCUCUCUUUCCGCUGUCGGAAUGGGGAGUGCAUCGACAGGAGCAAAAUGUGUGACUUCACCCCGCACUGCUCUGCUGGAGAGGACGAGGCAGACUGUCCCGCACACUGCGACUUUGAGCGGGACUCGUGUGGCUGGUACGAGUUCGCCGAGGGAGACGGGUUCGACUGGUACAGGAGCUCAGCUGCCGAGGUACCCGUGGAGUUCCAGCGCCAGUCUCCCCCGCAGGACCACACCACCAACACCACCGAAGGCCAUUUCAUGUUUGUGCUAAAGAACAGAAGUAACCUCGCCCAAAAAGCUUACCUCCGGGGGCCGAAGUUUCAACAGUCCUCUUCUGGAUGCAUGGUGACAUUCUGGCAUUAUAACUACGGGCUUUCCGUGGGUGCGGCGGACAUGUACCUUCGCAUCGACGGCGUGGAGAACGUCACGGUGGUGUGGCGCACGUUGUACAACCAGGGCAGCAGCUGGCAUCCCGUGACGGUGCAGCUGGGCCGCAUCACGCGGCCCUUCCAGUUCUCCCUGGUCAAGCUCAGCCUGGGCAUGUUCGACGGAGUCUCCGCCCUGGACGACAUCACCUUCCACAACUGCUCCUUGCCCCCGCCCGUCGCCCAAUGCGACAGCCACGAGCGCUUCCACUGCAAGAGGAGCCGGGCCUGCAUCGACCGGCAGCUGGUCUGCGACCUGGUGGACGACUGCGGGGACGGCUCGGACGAGGAGGGCUGCUCCCCGGAGCUAAUGUGCAACUUUGAGGAAGGCCUCUGCAACUGGAUGCAGGACAAGCUGGACGACGUCUUUGACUGGACCAGGAUCCAGGGCCCCACCCCGACCCUCAACACGGGCCCCUGGAAGGACCACACCCUAGGCAACGUGAACGGGCACUACCUGUUCAUCGAGGCCUCCGUCCCGCAGCAGUUCAGGGACACGGCCUUGUUGGUGAGCCGCGGCUUCCAGCCCACCGCCAACCGUGGCCAGGGCAGCCGCCCCUGCACAUUCCGCUUCCACUACCACAUGUUCGGCAAGCACAUCUUCAGCCUGGCCGUGUACCUGAGGACCACGGCCAGUGGGCGGGGCCAGCUGCUCUGGGUACGCUGGGGGGAGCAGGGCAACCUGUGGCACAGGAAGACACUCUACCUCAGCAGCAUUCGGCCCUUCCAGGUUUUGGUGGAAGGCACAGUGGGCGAUGAUUUCAACGGCGACAUUGCCAUCGAUGACUUGUCCUUCCUGGAUUGUAUCCCAUAUGACGGGGACCUGCCGUCGGAGGUCCCCACGACUCCCCCAGGGACUGUCACCACAACCACAGAGCGCCCUAACAGCUGCUCCGAAGGGGAGCUGGUGUGCGAUGUUACCGGGGACUGCGUGGAUCGGCAGAAGAGCUGCGAUUUCCGCCAUGACUGCUCUGCAGGAACGGAUGAACUCUACUGCGUGAAUGAGGUGUGCGAUUUUGAGGGGGGCAACACUUGCGGUUGGUCUCAGAGCUGGCCGUCCACAGUCCGCUCCAUCCACUCCUUCAGCUGGCUGAGCGGCCAGGGGAAAUCCAUUCACCAUGGGGAGGAGUUCCACAGGCCGGCCACUGACCACACCCAUGGCACACCGGAGGGCUGGUACAUGUAUGCUGACAGCUCAAACGGCGGGUACGGCCACAUCACUGACCUCCUGACUCCCGUCAUCUCCGCCACCGGGCCCCGGUGCACCCUGGUGUUCUGGUACCACAUGAGCGGCUUCACCGUGGGAACACUGCAGGUGCUCGGCAAAUUUGAAAACGUCACCCAUGAGUUGUGGUCCCAGACUGGCAGCCAGGGCAGCAGGUGGAAGAGGGGAGAGGUCUUCCUCGGCAUUCGCCAUAACUUCCAGAUGAUUCUGCGGGCCAAGCGUGGUAUCAGUUACAUGGGAGAUGUUGUGCUGGAUGAUGUGUCCUUCCAAAACUGCAUGCCGCUGCUGGUCCCAGACCGACCCUGCAGGACAGAUGAGUACGCCUGCGCCAACAAAUACUGCAUCCCCAAAGACCACCUCUGCGACUUCAUCAAUGACUGUGGAGACUGGUCUGACGAGAACCCCUACAUCUGCAGGGGCUUUAACAGCCAGUGCAACUUUGAGUUUGACCUGUGCUCCUGGCGUCAGUGCAGGCAGGACAAUUUCGAUUGGCUGAUCAAGGCCGGAAGCACCCCUACUGGGGGCACAGGCCCGUCCACAGACCACACGCUGAGGGACCCUUCCGGGCACUACAUCUACCUGGAGAGCUCGUUCCCACAGUCAGCGGGCGACGUCGCCCGAAUCUCAGGCCCCACUUUCAGCUGGCGGAGUCGGGAGUGCAAGAUGGUUUUCUACCUGCACAUGUCUGGGGACGGCGUCGGCACGCUCAGCGUUUUCCGGGCGAGCGGCACCCAGCACCAGCUCCUGCUGAACCUGACCGGGGACCAGGGGAACUACUGGCAGCGCCGCGAGGUCGACCUCGCCGCCCCCGAAGACUUCCAGGUCAUGUUCGAGGGCAGCAUCGGCAAGGGCAACAGGGGGGACAUCUGCCUGGAUGACAUCACCUUCUCCCCCGGCUGCCUCCUGUCCUCAUCCCCGGUCCCCAUGGAGCCCACGCUGCCCCCAACUUCAGGGUAUUGCUCAUAUGGAUUCCUGGAGUGUGGGAACGGGAAGUGCUUCCGCCCGGAGCAGAGCUGUGACUUUGUGGACGACUGCGGAGACGGGACGGAUGAGAGGGACUGCGGGACGUCCUGCACGUUCGAGAGGGGGCGCUGCGGCUGGAAGAGCUCCCUGGCGGACAACUUCGACUGGACCCUGGGGCUGGGCUCCAUCCAGAGCUUCAGGCCCCACGCUGACCACACUCUGGAGAAUGAGGAAGGGCACUUUGUCUAUCUGGAGGCCACGCCCGUGGGGCUGAAAGGGGACAAGGCGCACAUGAGGAGCUCCGUGUGGAAGGAGUCCAGCGUCACCUGCAAGCUGACAUUCUGGUACUACAUAUCCUCCAAAGCCACGGGGGCCAUUCGUCUCCUGGUGAAGGUGGACAGUGGCUUAACGGAAGUGUGGAAGAAGAGCGGGGACCAGGGAGAGCGGUGGAACAAAGCAGAGGUGCCCCUGAGGAAGAUGAGGAACUUCCAGCUGAUCUUCGAGGGGAUCCGGGCGCAGGACGUCAGCGGAGGAGCUGCUGUGGACGACAUUGAGUACAGCAACUGUGCCCCCAGUUCAGAACUGCCAGCAUCCUGCCCAGCGGCCACAGAUUUUGUUUGCCGAAAUGGAGACUGUAUCGAGUCGCACCUGAUGUGCGAUAGCAAGGCUGACUGCGCAGAUGAGUCGGAUGAGACUGACUGCAGUCACAUCCUGGACCUCCCUGGCGCCUGCAGCUUCUCCACGCCAGAGUCGUGGGAGGACACCUGCCAGCUGGCUCAGGACCACAGCGAUGACUUCGACUGGAGGAUCGGUUGGACCAGAGUGACCCCAGGAACAGGACCGUUGUCAGACCACAGUCCAGAUGGGCGAGGGAAUUUUUUGUACGUGUACUCUGCUGUGCAGAGAGAAGGCGACAUCGCCACCUUUACCACCAAGACUCCCUUCCCAGCCAGCAUUGGCGUGUGCCAUCUCCGAUUCUGGUACUACAUGUAUGGAUCUGCCCGGAUGGGCACUCUGAAGGUGUACACGGUCGGGGAGAGUGGAACCCCCCUGCUGAUGUGGGCCAUCAAUGGCAACCGUGGCGACAGGUGGAACUACGCCAACGUCAUCCUCUCCAGCAGCGGGGCCUUCAGAGUGGCCUUCCAGGCGGAGGUCGGGGGCGACAUGCGGACGGACAUCGCCCUGGACGACAUCUCUUUCUCCACGGAAUGCUCGGUGGGAGGCCCAGUGACCCCUGAGACUCCUACCUGUGGGGCGGACUCCUUCCAGUGUCUGCAUAGCUUCCAGUGCAUCCCCCAGAGCUGGUGGUGUGAUGGGGAGGUGGACUGUCGUGACCUCUCUGACGAGGAGCUGUGCCCCUCCAGGGUCCCUGGCACACUGCCCCCUCAAGGCCACUGUGGGGAACAGCAGUACCAAUGCAGCGAUGGUAUCUGCCUCCCUUCCCUGCUGCGCUGUGACGGAGUUCCAGACUGCGCCGGUGGGGAGGACGAGUUCAGCUGCCCUCUGCAGCAGUGUAUUGAUGGAGCUCUGGUGUGUGAGGAGAAGACCAGUUGCAUCGCUCCUGAGCAGCGCUGUAACGGCUUUAUUGACUGCUAUCCCUUCGAGCCUGACGAGUCCAGCUGCCUCGAAUGUCCUGCGGGAUACUGCAUGAAUGAGGGCGUGUGCCUGGUGGAGCAGUGGGGCCCGUUCUGCCGCUGUGUCCCGGGCUGGAGAGGCAAUCGCUGUCACUUGAAAGAGAAGCCAUCACCCCCUGUCCCUCCCCCAGGGCCUGGAGACAUAGGACAGGGUAAGAGACCUGAAUCUCCGUACAUUGGCCUGGGGGCUGGGCUAGUGUUCUUGGUCCUGGGAAUGGUCGUUGCUGUCUUCGCUGUGUUCAGAAGAAAAUGCUCUUCAGCGAAGUCCGAGGAAAUGAACUGUGGAGUGAUGGAUAAUCCAGUGUUUGACCUCUUUGACCAGAGAGCAGGGUUCCCUUCCAUUGAAAAGGUGCCUGGGACUUCUAUCAGUGUGUACCCCUGGAAGACUGAGAUGGAGGGCCUGGACAUGAGAAAUUCCAAGCUGUCCUUCAGCAACCCACUGUACCAAUCCCACACUGGAGAAGAAGGCUUGGACUCCAGGAGCUCUGUAGCUUAACUACCUGGAAACGUCUGACAUUAAAACCACAAGACACAAGGAUUUAUGUCUUCUUUUCAAAUCAAAUCAAAUCAAAUCAAUGUAUUUUGUAGAGUGCUUUCUACAAAGAACUGUUGGGUAGGAAACCAGGCCUGAGCCCCCAAAAAGCAAGUGAGGUAGCAACUCCACAGCACACACAAAACACUCAAAAAGAGCACUUAAAAAGAAUUAAUGCAUUGUUACUGUAAUACAAAAUGCUAAUGCUAACCAACAGAAUAUUUUCUAACAACAUGGAAAAUUACUUUCCUAAGUCAUACUAGGUGGAAAAGGGCGGAACCUUAUAGCAAAUUAUCAGUUUGUGUUUGGCUCGCAAAGACCACAUAAUCACGCGGCUCAUUUAUAGGCAAUGGAAAUCUGUGCCCUACCCACUUUAUUAAAUUAUACGAUACUGUGGGAAAUAUGUGAGAACACAUAUUAGAAUCUAUAUUUUAUUGGGUUUUAAAUAUUACUUGCAAAUGAGAGUUUUACAGUGCCAUUAUUUUCUUUUCCAUAAAGCCACUUUCAGCACAUAUGCUACACAUUACUGAACUAAAAAAUGUGCUCAAAUCUUCCGGAAAAUGUGUGAUCACAAACAGCCAGAAGUAGUUUUGGCCUCAGUUUAACAUCAGUAGUCAUCUUGAUAUUUCCUGCUUUUGUUGAAGUUCAGACAUAAAAAGAGUCCAGGCAAAGACUCUCAUGCUAAAUAACAAUGAGGUUCUAAUUAUUUUGACCAAUAUUGGAUAUUAUAACAUAUAUUUUAUGAAAUAUCAUAUAAUGCCAAAUAUCUUUCUGGGAUAGUGGCUGUUUUACAUAAGCCAACAUCCUGUAUGUGUUAUUGUUUCUAUCACAUUACUGUUCAUGGUCUGUUGGCCCAUGCAUCACAUGCUUCUUGCCCAAACGCACCCAGACAAAAGCAUAUCUAUUAUUCAUGUACUUUAAAGCAGUUAAACCCAAUGGGCACAUGCAGUAAAUAAGGCUUUGUGUUUUCUGAAUCAGUUAUACAGUACAAGUUUAAAUGGGUAGUUGUUAAAUAUUCUAUUGCAAGGCUGCUUUACUGGAUUGAGAACAGUGUGGAAAAUAGUGUUUGAUUUUUAUUUAGCUGCAUUGCAGUUCAGUUUUAUUGUAUUUUUCAUAUUUUCAACAAAGUACCAGAAACGGUGCUUUCAGUGCUUCAUUAAAUCAAUGUUCCAAUGUUAAAACAAGGUAAAGUAUUAUAAAAUUAAAUAUUUCCCCAUUUCCA